UACUAAAGAAAACGUUGGCUUAAACAACGACGGGGUGACCUCGGCAGAAAAGACAGAAACCAGACACUUCUUCACUUUGUGCAGCCGGGUUGCCGAGGCUUCCCUACCGGGAAACUUCGCCAUGUCGAUCUGGAGUUUAGGUGCGUCAUCUGCCCCGGUCUCCCACCAUAAACAAAACAAAGUUGAUCUAUCCAUCCUUCCACCAGGUGUCCUGCUCGACCACUUCCCCCGCUGGCCCCAGGUGCCCUGCCCGUUGCACUUGGUAACAUCCUACGAGUUUUCUAAUGCGCUGCACACGAGCAGCCAACAGACAGGUGAGCAGGAUCUACCAUGGGCGGUCGAGAGCCGAACUCGGGAGCUUGUCGACUUGUCAGCUGCCGCAUGCACUACGACGGAGUGUCCGCACGACACGGCAGCACUCCCCUGCCCUGCCUCGCCCGAACCAGCACGUGCGUACGUACGCCGGCUGUGACUACUGGGCUAAUGGUAGCCAGUGGUUCGCUAAUGAUGAUCUCUCGCACUCGCGGCAGGCGGCUCUCACUUGCUUUGCCGAUGGUGCACCGGCCCGGGAGAGAACGGCCGUGCCAGCAAGCAGCUAGUGCUACUCCGACGUACUCUACUCUGCUCGCUGCCUGCCUCGGUUGCUGCCUCCCGUAGUCCCGCCCACUCCGUCCCUUUCUACCGACCUCCCGCUCCCGAGUUAAUUGCACAGAAGUACCACAAUUAGAGCAUCACAUGUAGAUUGGUACCAUGAUUGCUAAUUUUUACGUGUCAUUACCAAUAUUGCUCUAGAUUUUUGCAAAUAGGUCUAAACUGCGUAUAAACACAUAUUGACGGUGUAUCUGACUAGCGGGGCCUGCCCGUCAGGUGCCGACGUGGCAUGUUUUUUCAGAAAACCCCCGCCCUCGCCCUCGCCCUCGCCCUCGCCCUCUCGCUCCGCGCCCGCCUCGCCGCCCUCGCCCCGCCGGCGUUCCUGGCGGCGCACCCGCUGCACGCCGCCUACGCGCUCUUCUUCAACCGGGGCCUGCUCGCGCUCGCCGCCUUCUUCUGCCCGCUGCUGCUCUCCACGGCGCUCCUCCUCGUCGUGCUCCUCACCGCCGCCCCGUACGUCGCGCCGGGGCGGGCCGGGGCGCGGUGCCUCGGCAGCACCUGCGGCGACGCCGUCGCCGCGCUCUGCGCCGGGCUGCGGCCCGACGGCGGGCUCGGGCUGGUCGGCCAGCUCUGCUCCUUCGUGCUCGGCCCGGCUGGCGUCGGCGAGGUCGUGUUCGUGGGUGAGGUGCGUCACGCUGGCGGCGCUUCUUGCUUUCUUCUGGAACAGGAGAGGGGGAGCUUCUUGUCUGCCGCCCGGGAGGAGUUCGCCAUUGAGCUGCCGUUGCAGAGUCUCCGUGGAGAAGAGAUCUGCUUCCUGAGCAAUGGGGAAUUUUAUGGAGAAGAUAUCUUCAACUUCAAGGAUGAAAUUCAGGAGAAAAAUGUGGUCUGUGAGGAUCUCAAGGCUUCUCCAGACUCUUUAUCUUCUUCUUCAGAGCAUUGCUUUCCAGUUCCAGGUGAGACAUUCAUGCCAGAGAUGGAAGAGCAAGAGAAAUCCAGCAACAAAGUACAGAGUGUAAGCUUGCCAGAGAGAAAGGGAUUCAGUAGUGACGCGGUUGAGGAGAAGAGGUUGGAGUGUGACCCUGUUCCUGUGUCAGCAAUGGAGGCAAAGAAACCUGAGCGGGUCAGCAAGCCACAUUCUUCGAUUUCUCAGAGAAUAAGGCAAUGGGAAUCUGGCAAUCUGAAGAGUGUUCUCGAUGAAAUCGAGGAUAAUCCGGUGGAAAUCUGUUUCGAGAAGGAAUCAUUCAAGGGUGUGCAGGAAGCCAUGCCAUUGGAGACUGAAUCUUGCGACCAAAAGCAGAGUCAAAACCAGCUCGCUCAAGAAGAAUCUGACCGAAAACAAUUGCCAGAGCAGGAGCUUGUAGAUGUCAAGGAAGAAUUGGUGCACUCGAAGGUGGCGGAAAAAUGCAUCGUAGACCUGCAAGCUGAAGAAAUCGCCUCCAUUAUCGGUGAGACCGAAGAAGACCCGCCGCAAGAACAGAGGAGCGAGGACGUGCAGGCCGAAGAAGAUGCGCAGCCUGACGGACAAGACCAUCAAGAAGAUGUGCAGGAAGAGCAGGAGCACGAGGACGCGGACGGCGAGGAGGGUCCCCUGAGGUCGACGUCCAUCGCGCGACGCGUGCACACGCGGACCUCGUCGGAGAGCCUCGCCGGCGCGGGCGAGCGGUCGCCGUCCAAGGGGAAGGAGUGGACGCGGACGCUGGCGUGCAAGCUGUACGAGGAGCGGAUCCAGCUCAAGGUCUGCCGCGACCGCGCCGUGGCCGGGGCGUGCGCGGACGACAUGGACAUGCUCUGGGAGGCGUACGAGACCGGGGGCGGCAGCAGCGCCGUCGCCGUCGCCGGCGACACCAAGCUCCGAGGCGGCGGCGGCAGCAAAGCUCGCCCUCGCCCCCGGCGCGCGCCCACCCGCCGCACCUCCGCGCCUUCUGGCUCGGCACGGCCCUGCUCGCCGCGCUCUUCUCCGGCUCCGCGGCGGCGAGCAGUAUCCUCGGCGGGGUCAGCACCACCGGCGCGCUGGGGUCGUGCGCGCGCCGGCUGAGGUAGGAGGCCGCCACGGGGCGAGGGCGAGGGCGAGGGCGAGGGCGAGGGCGGCGAGGCGGGCGCGGAGCGAGAGGGCGAGGGCGGAGGUUUUCUGCAAAAAACAUGCCACGUCGGCACGUGACGGGCGGGCCCGCUAGUCAGAUACACCGUCAAUACGUGUUUAUACGCAGUUUAGACCUAUUUGCAAAAAUCUAGAGCAAUGUUGGUACUGACACGUAAAAAUUAGCAAUCGUGAUACCAAUCUGCAUGUGAUGCCCCAA